CACCAUGGAGACCGAAGAACUCACUAAGCUCGUAGAUGAGAUCUACAAGAACAUCCUGGAAAAGUUCAAUCCAGGAGCGAGGCAGCUGAUCAACGCCGGCAAAGCAUAUUUGAAGGCCCUUCAUGGUGCCGCAGCCGCAUCCCGUGUCUACGUGGACGCAUUGUCUCGAUUAGCACGCGACGCGCAACUGGGGACAUGGGGUGGUUCCAAGGAUGUCGGCUUCGCGCUGAUGAGGAUCGUCGAGGUCUACAAGGAGAUCCAGGAGCAGGAAAUGAAUAUCCUGAAGGCGUUCUACGUCGACCUGCUGGUUCCCCUCGAGACGAAUCUGGAGAAAGACACCAAGGUGGUCCAGAGCGAGCAGAAGAAGUUUCUUCAGCAGCACAAGACUAGGUCUGAUACGUACAGCAAGGCGGCAGCGACGAUGAAGAAACAGAGGAAAAAGUCGAGGGGCGCGAGCAAGACCGGCCUCGCUAUGGACAAAGAGCUGAAGAACAUGCAGAUUCUCGAGGAGGAGAAGUCUAAGCUGGACGCCUUUUGUGAGCAGAGCUUGAAGAACGCGAUGACUCAGGAACGAAGAAGGUACGGCUUUGUUCUCGAGCGACAAUGCUCCUUGGCGAAACAUUAUGCGAGUUUUCAUGAGGUCGCGUUAGCUGCUCUUCAUCCCUCGGUUGAUAAGUGGCGCGAGGUAGCUGCUACCAGGGAAUAUUUACCACAAUCCGUGGAAGAUAUGUUCGCCUCCAGACUUAGGCAAGUCUCGUUUUGGCCAGAGAGCGAAGAAAAUGGCGGUUCGGAGCUCACAAUGAGUUCACAAUUAAGGAAAACCAGAAGCAUGGACAGCUCCUGCUUGGAACUUCGACCGGGACCGCCUUCCGGAAACGUGUCGAGCACCACUUACCAAGGACCAUCAUCGCACCUACCCACUGCUCUGUCUAGAGCAAGGUCAGAGGCCAACCUACAUGCUUCAACGUUAUCUUUAGACCCAGAGGUCCCGGAAACCCCGCCGAGGCCGCGGUCUAUGGCGCCUCCAGCAUCACGGAACAGCGGCAGCGUCGGCGGGGGUGGCAGCGGUACAGGGGUGAGCUCCGGCGGAUGGGGUGAUGCACCCCUCGCGAGGGCUCUCUUUGCCUAUUUGAGCUCCGGGGAGAAUCAGCUGAGUUUCCUGGAGAAUGAUCUCAUCGCGUUGAUGGGAGAUCGUCAGAAAGGCUGGCAAUUCGGGGAGAAUCUCCGCACGCACAGCUCCGGAUGGUUCCCGCUGGCGUACACGGAAAUUAUUAUCGACGAUAUACUUGGAUCGCCAAGCCAUGGAACAAACAAUGGUCGCGCAUCGGAGCCACAAGUAGUCCCACCCUGCAAGCCUCCACCCUCUCGGCCGCCAGUGACACCGAGUAGUAUGGACGAAGUCUCGAGUGGUUUCCACGGUGUAGCGAACAACGUCGGCAACAGCAAUAACAAUAACAGUAGCAGCGGCACUCCAACCAACGUGUCGAACAGCAACAGUUCACACAAUCUGGCGACACCGACUGCACGCCAGUCUAAACCGAUCCGUCCAUCGGGCACGUUGCCCACCGUUUUGGCCGGUGGACGCAGGUUACAGCCACCUGCUCCGCCUGUACCGCCGCCCCAGGUCGUCACGUCCCUUCACAGCAGCAACGACAGCGGCUUCUCGAACGAGCCCCCGGCCCAGCCUGACAUCGACUACAGCGACGACGAGGCGAUGAGACAACGAAGAAGAAAGCCGCGCGCCGACAGAAUAGCCGAGGCAGCGAAGCAGCAGAAGGACGAAAAGUCUGCGGGCAAAGACUGGGAGAACGAUUCCUGGAAGACGAUACCCAGAGACGAGAAGAGCUGGCAGCUGUACAGAACCGCGAUGGACCUAUGGGCGGAGUCGAACGCGAAUCAGAGCAACGAGAACGGCGAGGUCAGGUACACAUCCGGUCGACAUUACGACACCCAGGACCGGAAGAACGGGAGGGAUUACUCGGACCGCGACACCAUCGAGAAUGGACCGAGCAGAAAAUCGGGGAAGAAGUCACAGGAGAAGACGCAGAAGAUCGCGUACGAUAACCGUGCCCGUGGCGGUUCGAAUCACAAGAAUAAGACAACCAGCAACGAGGAGCAGUUGAGAAGUUCAUCGAGGAGAAACAACGAGCAAGUUGAACAGGAGCGUCGCGCGGCUAAAAGAACGAAAGAACAAGAGGAGACCGAGGAAGAUGAAAUCGAAAUAGAGGAAGAAGAGGAGGACAGAUACAGCGCUAGAAUCGAUUAUCAGAAGUACGACGGGAAGAAGUAUUACCAAGCUGACGGCCAGGAGCGUAAUUCCCGACGUGGUUAUCGUCCCGUGGAGCAGGAAGAGUCGAAAUACGAGAACGAGAAGACUUCAUCCGCGUCGUCCUCGGUAACCGAUGACGAAAGCACCAUUACAAUCCCAGAGACUGGUCGGAAAGUGGAACAUAUCGCUCAGAAGUUGGAGCAAACAGCGCAAAAGUACGCUAGGGAACACAGUCCGCCCAAGUUCAUCGAGCGUAGGAACGAGUAUAGAAGUCUCGAACGUAGAGAAGAGAAGCAACCUCCUCCACCCUAUGAAAGAUACAAUGAGGGCGAGAGGAGCCGUGGCCCACAGAGGUUCGAGAGGGAGAGGGAGCGCUACUUCGAGAAGUCACCGCCAAUGUCGCAGAAGACCUCCACUUACGAGAGAGAAAGGACUUUUGAGAAGAACCCAGAAAGAAACCGAAACAUCGAGCGCGCGUCCAGUCGCCGUUUCGAGAGACCUAGACCGCCAUCCGAAGAAGCACCGGAAAGACCAACAGAGCCUCGAAACAUGUACAGAGAACGCAGGUACUCCGACAAAGAGGAAGCCAUCUACGGCGAGACCAGGUUCGUCAGGGAGGUGACCGUUGACAAAGAACGCGGCUACGAGUCGAACUUCGAGACAAAGUUAGAGCGGACGAAGGUGAUCGAAAGGCACGGUUAUCAGAACAGCCUAGGACAGGAGAACCACGAGAAGUUCCAGAGAAACGGACCACCCAGUCUAGAGAAGAACGAUACUAACAAUAACACAUUGAAGGAUGAUAAUAGGAAGCCAUUGCUACCGCGACAGACGACCGCGGUUGGACAUUUGAUACAAACAGGCAGAGCCUUCGAAGUUGAUUCGAAGAGCCCGAAACUGGUGAAGAGGACAAAAUCGUUCUGGAGGUUCCGAAGAGAUUCCGAUGUCCUGGAAGGAAUGGCACUUUGGCAGCACAGGUCUCUGGUUGACAUUCCGAAGAUGGUUAAGAAAGAGGUGAAAGACGGCACUGGAAGUUCCGAGGAGACCAAGAAGCAAAGUCCAGAGGGCAGUCCGACCUCCCGUCAGAGUCUGGAGACGAGAAACAGCGACGUGACGAUCACCAACGAGCCCCGAUCGGACGAACUGAAACCCGCGGAGAGGAGCCACGUGCCCGACAAGUCUGAUUAUUUUGAGGACUUUCCCACCCCGGCUGAACGACCGAAGGCUGUCGAAAGGUCCGAGUACAGAAUGCCACAGGAAGAGAGAUCCUAUUUCAUGGGGAAUGUAUCCCGGAAAGCGAUCAUCGAGAAGGAACGGAAGCGCAGCUUGGAGGCCAAACGGAACAUGAUCGUGGCCGAGCUGAAGGAAAAUAAUGAGGCGAAGCGAAAUGAGAGGAGGAAAAAGUACACGGAUGACGAGGAUGGCAUGACGCAGAACUUCAGCGAGACCGAGGCGUCCGACGAGGAGUCCACGUACAGCUGCAUCGUCGUCAAGGAUCAAACAGUGGCCGAAAAGACUCUACUGCCCAGGACUAAGCUGCGAAGGGACUCUGAUCGGGAGAGGGAUAAAAAUACGUGCGGUCCCUGGUACGAUCUCUGGGGAGUUGAUGCUUCGGUGAACAAGAAGAAGAAGAAGCAACAGUAA